AUGAAGAUGAAAAUUCUCAGAGCAUUUCUGUUACUCUGUUUGGUCGGAAAGAUUAAUGCAGAGUGCCCUGUCAAUCUGGACUAUGUUACUGAAAUCUCAUGGAACACAGGCGAUUGUCUAUCCAUUGAGAGCCAGAAGGAACUGAGCAUCUGUCAGACGACAUUAACGAGCUUACUUGGGGUUGGGCUUGCUCAAUACCUGCGAGAAAAAUUCAUGUUCGAACUCCCCGACUAUGCCUCUGCAAAUGCAUGUCUCACCACAUUCCAGCAGAAAUUAACUUUACUUGGUCUUCAAUCCAACUUGGUUCUGCGCACUUUGAGCAAUGUAUCCGAAUUUGUGUCGAAUCCCAGUCUCUGUGCCGGGAUACAGAGCAAGCAAGAUUGGAUUGACAAAAUGAAGGGGAUUUCCAUGGAGACGGACUGUAAGGGGGAUCUUUCUCAGAACAGUGCUUGCAGUACAUGCCAUUCGAGCGGAGAAUUAGCGCGGAUCAAGUUAACAGCAGGAAUCGAGAACAUUACAGAGGAAACAAAUCGGAAAUGCUACUAUUUUGUAUGUCUGUAUGCUGCAGGAGUGGUGAAUGAAUUUGGGCCUAAGAAUAUACACACAGCUGAUUGCAUUCUCCGGGUGCCUUUUGUCUCUAAGGAGAUCUCAUCUCGUCGCAGGAUUUGGGUGUACAGUAUUUCAGGAGCUUUUGUGGGCAUUCUCCUGCUGUCUUGUUUUGUGCUCUGUUACUGGUGGUGGGUGAGGAGAAAUGGUGGGGAAUCUGCUAAGCAUGAAAGCUUUGUGGGUAUGAAUAAAAGCCUUCUGAAGGCCAUUGUGAAGCCCAAUACAGGGGCAGUCUGGUUCGACAUUGAGGAGAUCAGGGCAGCAACUGGUAAUUUCAAUGGGCUCAAUUUGAUUGGGGAGGGUGGAUUUGGGACUGUUUAUAAGGGUGUGCUCUCAAAUGGGCAGCAGAUCGCUGUGAAGAGGUUCAGAAGCUGUGCUUCUGAUGGGGAUUCUGAGUUCAUAAACGAGGCUGAAAUCAUCAACAGCAUUAGGCAUCGGAAUCUGGUGGUUCUGAGAGGGUUCUGUGUUUCCAGCGAUGAUACAGAGGGACGCCAGCGGUUUCUGAUCUACGACUACCUGGCUAAUGGCAGCCUCGAUGAACAUAUCUUCGAAGGGGGUAAAAACAGGGGGGUUUUGAAUUGGGAACAGAGGAAGAACAUCGCCAUGGGUACUGCUGAGGGACUGUGUUAUCUGCACUUUGGAGUUCAGCCUGCAAUCUAUCACAGAGACAUUAAGGCCACCAACAUUCUGCUGGAUGAUCAAAUGAAUGCCUGUGUUGCAGAUUUUGGGCUCGCGAGAAUGACCACAGAAGGGGAAUCUCACCUCACCACACGAAUUGCUGGGACACAGGGCUACUUGGCCCCUGAAUAUGCUCUGUAUGGACAACUCUCAGAUCGGGGUGAUGUCUACAGUUUUGGUGUUGUGCUGUUGGAGAUUUUGAGCGGGAGAAAAGCUCUUGAUAGUUGCGUUGAAGUUUCCUCUGAUUAUCUCAUUACAGAUUGGGCGUGGAGGCUUGUAAAAUCAGGGAAAAUUUUGGAUGUGGUCGACAGAAGAAUCUGUGAGAGUGGACCUCAGAGAGUAAUGGAGAGAUUUGUUUUGGUGGGCAUUCUGUGCGCGCAUGUUAUGGUGGCAUUUAGGCCGAGUAUGGCUGAAGCUUUGAAGAUGCUUAAGGGAGAUUCCGACAUUCCUGAAAUACCAGACAGACCUUCACCUCUUACACAUGAUGCAUCUUUCAGCCAUGAAUAUGAUUCCUUCCUUUCAAAUCUCAGCCUUAUUUCAAUUCAGCGGUAAGGUUGAAGUUAGUCGAGUCAUCAUUGCUUUACAGGUGAAAAUGUCUGGUUCAAUCAAACCUUUGAUGUAAAUGUUAGGGAAGAAGAUACUCAGCAUCUUAAUUUUGCAUCUUUUACUAGAAAUAUGUUUUCAAAUCUCAACCUUCUUUCAAUUCCAGAAUAAGGUUGAAGUUGGCCAAGUGAUAAUAAAUUUACAAGUGAAGAGGAUGCUGACCCUCUUGCUAUUA